AUGGGAAAAAAUCGAUUGAUCACUACGACAGAAAUGUCGACGUUCGAUUGGGAGAAAAUAUGGUUUUCAGAGGAAACAAUAACCGAAGCACGGGAGACUCUAGUUGAAGCUCUUUACAUCGCACUGAGCCCAGGAUCCUUUCCAUCUGCCUGCGUAUUUGCAUUUGAUUGCUUCCUUACGAUAGUUCACUUCAUUGUCUCCAGUUACAUUUUGGAUGAUUUCACCACCACUUUUUUGGGAACUGUCUAUUUUCCAACUACGAUUCUGAAAUUUGCCUACGUCAUUGAUUGUUUUUCACCAGCACAGUGGAUCCUAGACGUCACCGAAAUACUGAAUCAGAUUUUCAACAUGACCAUAAUUCUGUCGUGCAUUGCAUACAAUUUCAUGUGUCUUUUCGUGGCUCAGUAUCGUAAGAAUAUUCCACUGUCAGUUUGUCGGACCGUGUUUGCUCCGAUUCUUCUUUUCUGCUCAUUCCUGGUCGUUGCUCCAAAAUUGGUGAUGGACAGAUACGUCGACAACUGUUUUCAAUUCACCACUCAACUCUUCGGAUCUCUCUUCCUUAUCGCUCAAAUCUCUUGGAAUUUGUACACUUUUGUAUGCAAGACAAUUGACAGAGGAGCAGAGAAAGCAGAAAUUAAAUCAGCUGAUGACGUCACUUCAGCCAACGACGUCAUCCGGAAUGCGAACGGGAGACUUGUGUGGGCCAGUUGGUUCUCCUUGAUAAUAGUGAUUCUAGCUAUUCCACAAAUUGUUGACUAUUAUGUUCCACUUACCACUUCAUGGAUUCCUUAUCACUUCCUGGUUCAGUCGUUAGUGCAACUCAAUGCACUUCUUCUAUCAGUCACUAUCUUUUUGAUACUACCAACUUAUCGAUCAGUCAUAUUCGGCCGAUGUGUCAGUUACAACCGAAUUAUCAAAGUGGAAGAAAUAAAAAUCGAGAAAGAAUCUGAGAAUCCUGAGAAAGCAUCUAAGAAAGAAUUAGAAAAGGAGGCAGAAGCAAUGGCUUAUCAUCAGUCCAUUCCAUCGGGAUCUACCAACUUUUCGAUUCCCCAUUUCCGUCACGUGGCUAUUCCCCGAAUCCGAAUCCCAGUGAUACCUCCAAUGAUGGCUCAUCCUAGUGGACAGAUUCGGAUUUUUGUGGCUCCACCACAGAAGAGAUAUUGA